UUGGGCGGCGCCGGUUUUGUUAAAAGUCCCUUGGCAGCGGCCGCUGUGGCCCAGAGAGUAGGAAGCAGUUCCUGUCUCACGUCCGCCUCUCGGCAAUAUGUGAGACCCGUACAAGAAACCCUUCCUGUCUCAGUCUAGCUCAUCUGUAAAGCUGGGAGACUACUGCCUUGCGGGGUUGGAAAGAAAAGAGAGAACGUCUGCGAAGCGGGAGCGCUAUUGUGAAGUGCAAGCAAAGGAAUCCCGACCCAAGGCAACAGGACUGGGGGUGACUCUGUCGGUUCUCCAAACUCCCUGGCGCCUGACCCACCUCGCGGUGCACGGUGCGGAACGGUCCUCUGGCCAUCCCAGCCCUGCCCCGCCCCCGCCGCGUUUCCUCGCGCGGCUCCGCCCCGGCUGUGGGGAGGCGCAGCGGCUCCUGCAACCCGGAACCUUUCCACAAGCUUGCUGGCCCCGCGGAGCCGGCGGAGCAGGAACCUCAGCCCAUCCGAGACCAUGGAUAAGUACAAUGUGAUUAAGGCCAUCGGGGAAGGUGCCUUCGGGAGAGCAUACUUAGCUAAAGGGAAAUUGGAUAGCAAGCAUUGUGUCAUAAAAGAGAUCAAUUUUGAAAAGAUGCCCGUACAAGAAAAAGAAGCUUCAAAGAAAGAAGUCAUUCUUCUGGCAAAGAUGAAACAUCCCAACAUUGUAGCCUUCUUCAAUUCAUUUCAAGAGAAUGGCAGGCUGUUUAUUGUGAUGGAAUAUUGUGAUGGAGGGGAUCUCAUGAAAAGGAUCAGUAGACAACGGGGUGUGUUAUUUAGUGAAGAUCAGAUCCUCAGUUGGUUUGUACAGAUUUCUCUAGGACUAAAACAUAUUCAUGACAGGAAGAUAUUACACAGGGACAUGGACAUAAAAACUCAGAACAUUUUUCUUAGCAAGAAUGGAAUGGUUGCAAAGCUUGGGGACUUUGGUAUAGCAAGAGUCCUGAAUAAUUCCAUGGAACUUGCUCGAACUUCUGUUGGAACAGCUUACUACCUGUCCCCAGAGAUCUGUCAGAAUAAGCCCUACAACAAUAAAACGGUUGCACAGCCAGUGUCUGACCAAAACUAUCAUUUCUCCUUUUCUUUUCAGUUUGAGAGUAGCAACUUACAGCAGCUGGUUCUCAAGAUUUGUCAAGCACAUUUUGCUCCAGUAUCUUCAAGGUUUUCUCAUAACCUGCAUUCCUUGAUAUCUCAGCUCUUUAAAAUAUCUCCUCGAGACCGACCCUCCAUAAAUUCCAUUUUGAAAAGGCCCUUUUUAGAGAAUCUUAUUCCCAGAUAUUUGACUCCUCAGGUCAUUCAGGAAGAAUUCAAUCACAUGCUUAUAUGCAAAGCAGGAGCGCCAGCUUCUCGACAUCCUGGGAAGGUGGUCCAGAAGUGCAAAAUACAAAAAGUGAGAUUCCAGUGAAAGUGCCCACCAAGAUCAAGGAUAUCUGUGCCAAUUAAAAGGAAUGCUAUAUUGCAUAGAAAUGAAUGGAGACCACCAGCUGGAGUGCAGAAGCCCAUAUCUAUAAAAAUUAUAGGAAGGCCCAAACUUGCUGCUGUGUGUGGACAUUUUGAUUACUAUUAUGCUCAACUUGAUAUGCUGAGGAGGAGAGCCCAUGAACCAAGUUAUCAUCCUAUUCCUCUAGAAAAUACUGAGGUUGAGGAUUACAGUCAGGAAGAGAGGCAUGGCCUAUCCGCAAUUCAAUGGCCUGCUGAGUACCUUCAGAGAAAAUUUGAAGCUCAACAAUAUAAGCUGAAAGUGGAAAAGCAAUUGGGUCUUCGUCCAUCUUCUGCGGAGCCAAAUUACAACCAGAGAGAAGAGCUAAGAAGUAAUGGAGAAGAGCCUAGAUGCCAGGAGCUGCCAUUUAGGAAAAACGAAAUGAAGGAACAGGAAUAUUGGAAGCAGUUAGAAGAAAUACGCCAACACUACCACAAUGACAUGAAAGAAAUUAGAAAGAAGAUGGGGAGAGAACUAGAGGAGAACUCAAAAAUAAGUCAUAAUACCUAUUUGGUGAAGAAGAGUAACCUGCCUGUCCAUCAAGAUGCAUGUGAGGGAGAAGCACCUGUGCAGGACAUUGAAAGAGACUUCAAACAAAUUAGGCUUCAGUACACAAAGGAAAGUAAAAAUCGAGAACAGAGAUAUAAAGCUAAGAAAGGGGUAAAGUUUGAAAUUAAUUUAGACAAAUGUAUUUCUGAUGAAAACAUCCUCCAAGAAGAAGAGGUAAUGGAUAUACUAAAUGAAACUUUGACCUUUGAGGAUGGCAUGAAGUUUAAGGAGUAUAAAUGUGUAAAGGAGCAUUGAGAUUAUACAGACAAAGCAUUUGAAAAACUCCACUGCCCAGAAACAGGUAUGGGUCUCUUGAAAGUUGUAACUGAGAAGGAACUGUUUUAUUAGCAACCCAUCUUGAACUCUGUCCCCAUGCAUCUGCCUCGCCUUCACUGUUACUUGACCCUCUCUGCUCUCCCUGAGCAAGGCAGAAACACACUUCCUAUUCUCCUGCCACCCAUACAGAGGCCACGCUCCCUGAGAUCCAGCCCUCCUCUCCUGCUCCACACGCACUCCCUCCUGCAGCUUCAGCUUCUCCCACAAACCAAAUAUACAUCACAUGGAGGGUAAUGGGGUCAGUAGAGACAAAGUAGUGAUCUAAAUUUGUAACAUGUUGAGAUUUAGGUCUUUAUGGCAUCUGUUGCAGAUGCUGUGUGAGACUGAAAGCCUGGGGCAUAUCAGGGAUAGAUAGCUUGGUGGCCCUUAGCAUAUCUGUGGUUUUUAACCUUGGUGAUGUCAAAAUACCUAGGGAGAGGGGCUGGAAUGAGAGGGAAAUGGAGCUUAGGACAAAACUCUGCCACUAUAUGGACAAAUUUUGGAGACUCAGGAGAGAGUAAAGCCAAAGGAGGAGAGACAGGUCAUGGAGGAGGCACAGGAAUUGGCAGCAUCAACUGGAAGAGAAAGGCCAGGUGAAGUGGGUGGGAUUUGGCCCUUCAGGAACCCUUAAUGGCCUCAGGGAAAGCGGUCAACUGUGAAAGGGGUAAAUUCAACUGUUAUCUUUGUGUCAGUUUGCUGGGAAGAGGAGAGCAGGUUGGCUGUUUUUUUAGAUGAAAGGAGGAAGAAAAACCCUUCAUUAGUGGUAUACUGAAAAUUGUCUCCCUGUAAUUAUUAUUCAGGCUGAAGAAUUUUUCCAUAUAUUUGUUGACCGUUCAUAUUUUUUCUUUAUCUUUUUUUUUUUUUUUUUUGAGAUUGAGUCUCUC